AUUUAAACUAAAAUGGGUAAUUGUGGUCCUUCAAAAGAACAUAUUGAGGAAGCCAAACUUGAAGAGCUGAGACUAAUUGGAUUCCAUAAGUUCACAAAUAAUGAGAGAAGAAUUUUGAAGUUAUUGUAUCAUGAUAUGGCAUCUGGAUCUCCAGAGGAUCAAUUCAUUUCUAGAACGAGCUUCUUUAAACUCUUCGAUAUUCCAGGAGUUAUUGGCAUGAGACUUUACCAAUUCUUUGCUAGCUCGGGAAGAGGAGAUUUCCUCUAUGGAAUGAGCAAACUAGCCAGACCUGAAGACAACGAAUUUUAUGAAGCCUUGUUCCAAAUUUAUGAUUUCAACAAUAAAAGCUCAUUUGGAGUAUCAGAGCUUGUCACGUUUAUAAGGACUUAUGAAAAAUAUGGAAUGAUUGAGAAACUUAAGAAGAAAAUAAAAGAGGCAAAGUCCUUCAAUAGUUGUUCAAAAUCGUGUUUAUUACUGAAAUAUACAAAGAAAUUAGAUGCGAGUCUGAAUCAUAAGCCAAAAUUGACAAGAUCAAAUUCGGGUGAAAUUUGUUGUCAGAGACAAAUCAACUAUGCCCAGAAGAGUAAAUGUCACUUCACAGCAUGAUAUUACUACGACAGACCAUACUUUGAAAGUGAAGAAGUUUUAGAAAUAGCAAAGCAUUUAUUCACAAACUCAGGCUUUGAUGCAGACAAAGGACUUGAUUUCGAGGGCUUUACAGCUUUUUGAAAAUUCAACCCAGAAAUAGUAGAUCCUAUUAAAGGGGCUUUGCGAUAUGAGCUCUGGAGUGAAAGAUAUGUUAUCACAAAGGAGAGUUCUUCUGAAGAGAGUGAUAUCUCUGAUCGAAAAACUUCUCCGGAUACAUAUUACUCUAAAGCUUCUGUUCUGAACAUGACUCAAGCAGUGUUUGCUGCCAAAUCUGGAAGCAGUAACAAAAUCAUUAAUUCCAAUGUCUUUAAUACAAAUAAAAGUGUAUAUAUUACUGAAGAGUCUGAGUCAGGACCUAUCGAGCUCUAUACUUCCGCUAUCUCUGAGGUUAAGAAAGGAUUUCUGAUGAAGGUCCGUGGAGGUUGUGGAGACUUAAUAAAACGCUUCUAUUUCCUCAAAAACAACAUUCUUUACUAUUAUGGAAGAUCUAAACAAAGUUCUCUUGUUAAGAAAAUUCCAUUAGGAUUGAUCUAUGUAAAAGAUAAAAUAGUACAAAAGUUUGAAAGAGAUAGAAUGCACUUCAUCUCACUGACUAGUGCAUCAAAUGGACAGCUCAGAGCAGAAUUUGCAGUAGAAACUGAGGAAGACAGAGAUAAGUGGUACAGCGUUCUCUCAUUAGCCUGCUGAAAUAUUGAGAAAUGAGUUGAUUUCCAAGGAGUUAUUGGAACUGGCCAAUUUGCUUCGGUCAGGAAAGCGACCUCGAAGAAUGGUCAAUACGAGUAUGCUGUUAAAAUUAUCUCUAAGGCUGAUCCUGAGAAUUACGACAGAGAUAGCAUGUUGAAAGAACUUAGAAUUCUAGAAGUUAUCAACCACCCUAAUAUUCCUAAAAUUUAUGGCGUUUAUGAAGAUAUUGAUCGGAUGUAUAUUUUCAUGGAAAAUAUCGAAACAGGUUCGCUGUUUGAUAAGCUCAAGAAGAAGUUUUUCCUUGACCAAGAGGAAUGAUUUCGGAUAACUUAUGACAUUCUGAAAACAUUGAAAUAUCUAAAUGAGUUGAAAAUAAUGCAUCGUGACAUCAAACCUGAAAAUAUCCUGAUAAAUGCAGACAAGGAAGGCAAUAUUAAAAAGUCCUUCCUCAUUGAUUUUGGCCUUUCAACAUUCUGAGAUUACAAGUUGAAUGAUCCUGAGCUACAAAUGUGUGGAACUUUAGGAUAUGUCGCCCCCGAAGUUUUAUAUGAAGAAGGAUACAAUGCGGAAGUUGAUAUGUUUAGUCUUGGAGCAAUGUUAUUUUUUAUAGCAACCGGAGAACUUCCUUUUGAUGGUCCUUCUGAUGAAAUUACCAUUGAUAUUACCAUGAAUAAUGCGAUGCCAAGGAGAUCAUCUAUUUUUGAUAAGCUCCAUAAAGAUCUCCCAGACUUACUCCAAUCAAUGUUAGACAAAGAUCCAAAGCAAAGGAUCAGCGUUGAAGAUUGAAUUCGUCAUCCAUUCUUCAGCGAAUAUUUGUAAAUAAUUUUGAUAUGUAACGACACACCAAUGUUUUGUUUUCAAUAUCUAAGCUC